ACGAAAUGACUCGGAUUCGGAAAGCUUGACUCGUCCAUCUCUGUUGCCAACCGCCUACGUUUAUUCAGUUUUUUGUUUCACGGCACUCAAAGGCAUGAAUACUCGUGAAAGGUAAUAUCUAGGAUAGUUGUCUGAACUAUAGAUUAUAGCGGGAGUUCAGGACAACUUAAAAAGACGAAAAAUGAGAAAAGGAAGAAGUUCGUUUUUUCGUAAAAACAAACUUGGUCGAUGAUGUGUGAUUCUUAUUUUAGCAAAACAUAUUUGAGUGAAAACAAAUUCGUGCAUUAGAUAGAAUGCGAAAAACUGUUACUAGAAGGUAACUUGAUCUUCUUCAAAGGUCACAGGUGUGACAAAAAUAAAACUGCGGAGAAAUUUCGUGCUGGAAUCACGCGUUCAAAAUGCCACGUUUACAAAUUCAGAUGACUCAGGCAUCUGAGUACAGAAAUUAAUUUCUUUUACGUGAAAAAUAAGUUUAUCUGUUCUACUUUCGACCCGAGUCACACAGUGGUGGAUCCAGGAUUCUACCGACAGGGUGGCGAUUUCUAAACGAUGUCGUCCGAGGUAGUAUGAAUAUUCUUUCUAAGGAAGUCUGGUAGUGGCAAGGGGGAAAAAGCAUACUUCUGCACUUCUCGGUACUUCUUGAUACUUCUUCGUACUUGCACUAAAAUUCCAUUUGCAAGGGGGCGGCGGUCGCCGGACCGCCGUAGUGCUAGGUCCGCCACUGGAGCCACAAAUGGAACAAAGAAACAACUAACCUUCACCCCGAACAAAAAUGAAAAGCUCAUCGGUGCGCUGCUCUUUUACGGUUCAAGGCGCCAUCUGUUUAGAAGCCGUUUUCUCUAAAAACUGAACGCAAAACGAAGAUAAAAGAAUGCACUUUUAUACAUUAUUGACUAUCUUCUACAAAAUAUUAGUGCCAGUUUUAGCCCCAUUUGUAGUUCAACUUUGACAUAAAAGUCUACCAUUACGUGGACUGGCUGAGAACAGCUUUUUACCAAUUUAAAAUAGGAUCUUUCAGCACAGAGAUAUGAUACAUAUUCCAGUAUAGCAAGAUUACUUUUAGUACAUUAGAGUGACUAAAUGGAUUUCGUUGCCAGUCACUUGCUAGACCAUGGCACAAAUUGAACUAAAGCUGUUCUCGGGUAAAGCACGUGACACGGUUACGUAAGUGGCAGAAUAUUACACACUCAAACGUUGUCUAUUGGGAAAGUUUGUCAACCAGUUUAAACAGGGUCUAAGAGACUUAUUUGUGUUGUUUGUUUGUUAAAACACUUCUCAUGAGUCCAUGUCUGGAAAGAUACGUGAUAUGCGAUGGAAAAAUAGUAUUUGUGGGCUGAUAUAAUGAGGAAAAUCAUAUCGCAGUUAGAGCUACUGGUAGAAUGAAAGCGAUGAAGCAACAGAAUACGCAGAAUGCGCUAUAUAGCGCCAUGAAGCUUAAAAACAGCCGUUUUUUCCUUUUUCAUAAAAGGAUCCUUUAAAAGGCUCCUUUUAUGACUACUCCUGAACCACAAAGUCAAUAUAAUCUGUUUUUUCUACUAUGGAGCCGUCUAUACAACGUUACAUAGGUUUAUGUGGUCUUAUGCGCCACUCGAUUCCCCUCGUCAAGGUCUAUCGAAUAGAAUUUGAUAUAUAUGUUUUCAGUUCGCUUUCACUGGCAUUUUUUUUAAAUAACCUUCUGAAGGCUAUAGUUACACAUGAGCGCCCUGUAUCUAGGCUAUUAUGCUACCAAGUGUUGGGAAACUUUUGUCUGAUAAACUAGGAAGGCAGUACAAGAAAACAAACGACUCAGAACUGUUUUAUUCUUACGUUGAAUUUUUUAUACCAAUUGUACAAGAAGAUACGAUGCAUUCACAUAUAUAUGUGUCACAAUAAGACUCAGCUGAUUUUCGCAUCAGUGUAUUAUUCAGAAGGUCCCAUACAAUUCAGAUGAAGUCUGUAUAACUGCGCUAUACACUCCAAAAAAUUACUCAGUGUAAAUUGUCCUGCAGGCUGCAUGUUGUGUAAAAGUGCAUUUAUUACACAGUUGUUGUGUUCUAUAAUCCCAUAUGUUCCCUGUGUUGUUGAAAACGAGACGUUGAUUCUCUUGCUUUCUUCAUUUGAAAAAAACAAUAAUACGUAUAGUCGAAAGAUGCCCACUGUUACUGAGUAUGGUUUGUUGCAGCUGCCCCAUUAUCAACCAGUCAUAAAGGUGAGUGAAGAUGUAGCAAUAAUGUGAAACUCUUGAGAAGACAUAGACGAGUGUCUACGAGACUUCGUUCUUCUGUCAAUCUCAUCUUUUGAUAUUUCGUUUAUCAGAACCAACCGGCAUCUGUAAUCAAAGUUCUUGAUGUACAUACAUUAAACAGUGUUACGAGCAAAUCAACGUCCUUUCUGGCGUCUACCAGCGGAAAAGCUAUAGUGGUUGCCUCGAUAUCAGCAGUGAUUAUUACAGUUGCCGUUAUUGUGCCCGUGGUGAUCAAAACUUCAACAUCUUCGUCAACUACUACCAGUAAGUUGUCACCACUACCACUGUUGCCGCCAAUGCCACUGUUACCGCAUGCCCCACCGGUUAUACCGGAUCACUUUGUUCAAUACCCUUCACCAUCAACAUGUACAUGUGCAAGUGGAUGGAUUGGAGCGAGUUGCACAACUGUGUUCUCGGCUAUCAUGUGGCCUUUCGAUGGAACUCUCAACGAUUACUAUGGCAUAUUUAAUGCUGGCCCUGACAAUGGCAGAACAGCGACCUAUGUCUAUCCAGGCUACACAGGUUAUGGUGGUGCAUUAAGUUUAGGGUUGCAUGGCACGAGUCAAUCAGUUUCCAUUCCAACAUUUCUCAGUAUAUGGCAUGUUAGUUUCACAUUAGAAGCGUGGAUCUAUCCAACAGCCUUUAGUUGGACCUAUGGAGGAAAUCCGGACAAUGCUCUGUUCGGUCAAUGUCAGUCGCAAUCUACAGAUCAAUGUUUGCAUAUUAUAUUGAGAAGUCAGCGGAUUUAUUUUGGUUUCUACGGCGAUGAUUUGUCGGGCAGCAUCGUAUUUCAACCAAAUCAGUGGUAUCACGUUACCUAUGCCUAUGAACAAAGUACACAACAACAAUACACCUAUGUGAAUGGAGUUAAUGACGGACAGCGUACGAGUAAUCAGUAUAACGGACAGGCGGGAAAUUUUACAAACGCGAUCAUUCAGCAACAUCCACCAACACCCCAAACUGCAUGA